AUGUUCAACUUGAAAGUUUAUCUUUACGAUUUGAUCUUAGACCCGAAAGGUAGAAAGUACAAGGGUCACCGACGGAUAUUAUGUUUCCCUUUUGGCCUAUUAGCGGGUUACCUAUUCUAUAUUUCAUUUAUCAAACGGUUGAGUUUGCCUGAAGAAGUUGAAGGAACUUUGUUUCCAAUAGUAAUUUUACUUUACACUCUAUCUUAUUGUUUAUCGAGACAAUUUCGUGCAAUUACUUGUUUAAUCGGACCAACUCUUGCAGGUCAAGUUGGUCGAUCUUAUUUAUAUCUAUUAUUUUUCAACGGUGCUAUUCAAUAUCCAACCUCGAAUCUACUCAAAAAUACUUAUGAAGCAUCUCGAGUGUUUGCUUGUACAAUUAUGUUCCAUAAGAAUGCAACCGAACAGAAAUUUCGACUCGUCUUCGAGCCGUAUAUUGGCUUUUUCAAGGGAAUGCUCGAAGGAUCAAAGGAAAUCGGAAAUGAGCCAAAUUUCCUCGGCCAAAUGGAAGAAGAACUUAUGAAAGUAGAUGCAGAUAAUAAGAAAGCCAUGUUGGAAGAGAUCGAAAAAGGCGACGCCAUAACAAAAAAAAAUCGAACGGCCAUAAUUGAGCAAAAUAAGAUAGAUAAUUCUGCACCAUCGAAGGAUCCUUCGAAGACCAAAUAUCGAGCCAAACUGGCCGGGUUCUUCGAACUUUCUUGCGAAGCCAUGGUGUCCAAAUCGCUAAUUAGGUGUCAACAGAAAGCGCAACAAAUACUUGACAAUUGUUUCUGGAAUGUACCUAACCUUAUCGUUAAAGCCUUCUGUUAUUUCUUGGACCAUGAAACCUUUUGUGGUGACCAACAUGAGAAAGAAAGUAAGAAGGCUACACUUUGUGCUGGCCAGAAAUACACUCCAAAGCAAGUCGGCGUAGGACUUGAAACGGUGAAUACCUCCGUCAAUAGGCUUUACAGUGAUAUGCGUCUUACUGAUGUAAGAUAUUCAGUUGAUUCUGUCCAGACAAAUAUCACGAAAGCAUUAGAUGUCUAUGCAAAGUUAAAUUCUACAUUAUUAACAAGUUUCCAUAUGGUCAAGAUCUUAUUAGCACUUUUGAAUCGUUUAUUAGCUAUUCUUUUUGCGGUCAGUCUUUAUUACUCGAAUGCUUAUCACAAUGGUUACAUGAGGCACAUUUACUUUGACAAUAGGUUCAUGACGGGCUAUUUUCGGGCUAUUGAUAAACGCCGAGCCGAAGCUGGACGAACUUAUUUGUUACCACUUCGAAGGCUCGAACAAACCGAUCUGAUAGUUCCAACAUCAUUCAAACUCGAUUAUCAGGAGAGUAGAGCUCGAACUGUUGGGUUUCUAUUGUUCAUUCCAAUUGUUAUUGGUACCAUUCUUUUGGGAUUUUUCGCAGAAACUUUUUUCGAAAUUAUGAACACUGUGAAUGGAUUUUUCGAGAUGAAGAAAACAAUUCGAGGAUAUCAUGCGUUCAAAUUCGAUAUCGAACAAAAGGGUUGGUUCAGUUCGAUUUUAACUGAUUUUCUUCCAACAGCGAAUUUAAACUAUACCGUUGAUAAAGUUCUAACCAAUGAGGCUUGUCUUCCGCAACCGGUUCCUAUCGACAAUUCGGUUUACACUACAAUGGCUUUCGUGGCCUUUGGUAUUCUUAUGAUUAUUCUAACUCAAGCUUAUCUACUUCGUCUUCGAUGUUUUAUUUGUGCUUAUUUUCACCCUCAACGAGAAAAACAGAGAAUAAUUUAUCUCUACAACGAUCGCCUCAGGAAAAGAAAAGCUUACACAGUUUAUCAAUUGAAAAAGAUUCGACAAUUGAUCACUAUGAAUACUCACAUGAGAGAUUCACCUUUGUUGAAAAAUUUAAUCAAUCGAACUGUUAAAUAUGGCUGGUUCAAGAAAUUGGUCAAAAGAUAUUGUUCGAUAUGUGAAACAGCUCAAGAUGAAGGUUCGUAUCAAUGUCCAAGAUGUUCAGUAUUCUAUUGCUCUCAAUGCUGGGAUCUGGUGGGGAUGGUGUGUCGAGCUUGUAUCGAGGAACCAGAGGAGCCUUCGACCAUCCAUGAGAUGAGUAAACUUACAGAGGAGGAAAUAAACAACAGAAGGUCGAGUAACAGGUAA